CUCUUACACUUUCAUUUGUUUCUCUUCCCCAUUUCCAUCUUACACACAUUCUCAGUCCACAAAAUAACAGGCGCAAGAAAAAUACGGAAAAAUUGCUGUUUUGUACUCGUCUAAGUCGUCUUGUACUUUGUUAAUUGAUUGUUCGUUCACUUCCAUUAUAUAUAUAUGGCCCUUCAGGCAGUACCCACAACUCUUUUCCUCGCCAAAGAGAACAAAGGAGCUUCGGUGAAAGAGACAUCAAUUUUUGGAGCUCCGCUGCCAACAGGCCUUAGAGUUGAAUUCUGCCCUUCCUUCAAUAAGAAUCUACUAAAAAACCGGACAUUGGGCCCAAUCAAGGCCCAAACGGCUGCUGCCACACCUUCCAUCACCAAAUCCUCACCCGAAAACAACAAAAAAACCGUACGAAAGGGCAAUGUUAUCAUCACCGGGGCAUCCUCCGGAUUAGGUCUGGCCACAGCUAAAGCUCUGACAGAAACUGGUAAAUGGCAUGUGAUCAUGGCAUGCCGUAAUUUCCUCAAGGCAGAGAAAGCCGCCAGGUCAGCAGGCAUGCCCAGGGAGAAUUACACGGUAAUGCACCUCGACCUGGCGUCCCUCGAGAGUGUUCGUCAGUUUGUGGACACGUUCAGGUGUUCGGGAAGGCCUCUGGAUGUACUCGUCUGCAAUGCGGCCGUUUAUCUGCCGACUGCAAAGGAGCCGACUUUUACGGCUGAUGGUUUCGAACUUAGUGUGGGGACUAACCAUUUGGGGCAUUUUCUUCUGUCGAGAUUGCUACUGGACGAGAUGAAGCAGUCGGAUUACCCACAACGCAGAUGCAUCAUUGUUGGCUCAAUUACAGGGAACACAAACACCUUGGCCGGAAACGUGCCUCCCAAGGCAAACCUCGGCGACCUCAGGGGACUUUCCGGCGGCUCAGCCAUGAUCGACGGCGGUGAGUUUGACGGAGCAAAAGCUUACAAGGACAGCAAAGUCUGCAACAUGCUGACAAUGCAGGAGCUCCACAGGCGCUAUCACGAGGAGACUGGAAUCUCGUUCGCCUCUCUCUAUCCAGGCUGUAUAGCUGAGACAGGACUUUUCCGGGAGCACGUACCGCUAUUCAGGCUGCUUUUCCCGCCUUUUCAAAAGUAUAUUACUAAAGGAUAUGUCUCGGAGGAGGAGGCAGGGAAGAGGCUGGCGCAGGUGGUGGCAGAUCCGAGUCUCUCGAAAUCGGGGGUUUAUUGGAGUUGGAAUAAAAACUCGUCCUCGUUCGAGAACCAGCUGUCGAAGGAGGCUAGCGACUCGGACAAGGCACGUAAGCUGUGGGAGGUGAGCGAGAAGCUCGUUGGAUUAUUGCCUUAAAGACGAACUCGAAAAACUAAGGCCAUUAAUGUAGAGAGUGUGUGGAGAAAUUAAAAAUGUGGCUCAUUGGGUUGUGAUUGACAUUAUGUUGGAUAGCAUACUCGGGAAAGUUGUUUGGUUGAAAGCAACUGGGAAUGAAUUUUGCUGUGUUUUUCUUCUCGAUCUCAACUUCGCUCUCGUACCCAUCUCGAAACAUCAUCUCGAUCUGCUCGAGCGACUUCCCUUUCGUCUCGGGUACUACACACUGGCGGACCUAGACAGGGGCACGGCCCCCUGUGCAAUUUUUUUUUAAAAAAUUAGUAUAUAUAUAAUUAUAUUGUAAAAUAAUUACACAUAGAUUUAUUUGUAUUAUGUUGUAGGCAAUAUAUAUAAAUGAGUUACAUCG